AUGGCUGAGAUUUUGGAAACUUCCGGUGAUGCUGAUACCAUCACCGUGGUGGCUGACGACGACGAAAAGAAAGUUCUGGACUUUGAUGACGAUGUAGUUGAAGGGGUUCCGGAACUAGGGUCUGGUGCAAUUGUGAGGAUGCAUUCAAGUUACUUUGGUAGAAUCUGCUUCUUGCCUUUUGGCAUGGAUGACAGGGUUGUCAUAUCCGUGACAGAGGAUGGUGUUGCUAAAUUCUCUUUAGCAGUUGUUGAUGUUGUAGUUCGUGAGUUUAUAACCGAAGAUCGGGCGGAGCAUGACACCAUCAUCGAAAUGGAAGUGCCAGUGUCCUUGAAAUUUAACCUUAAUUAUUUGAAGUCUUUUGCCAAAGCAAUCUCUUCCUCUGGCAAAGCAAGCUCUGUUACUCUCAGACUUUAUCCCGAGUUUCUUCUUCAAGUGGAGCACAAGAUUGUUGGGAUAGGUAACAUGCGGUUCUAUUUGGGAGCAAUACUAGAAGAAGAAUCUUGA